AUGUCCAGUCAGAAGAGGUUAGGGAACUUAAAAGUAGAGUUGCUCAACGAACAGAAACAAGAAAUCAGAGAAGCUUUCUCUUUGUUUGAUAUGAACAACGAUGGGUGCUUGGAUUAUCACGAAUUGAAAGUUGCAUUCAGAGCGUUAGGUUUCGAUUUAUCCAAGAGACAAGUAUUGGACAUUAUACAUGAAUAUGAUACCGAUAACACCAAUUUGAUCACAUACGAAAACUUCUUUCAAUCAGUGGGAGAAAUGAUUGUUAACAGAGAUCCAAUGGAAGAAAUCAGAAGAGCUUUCAAAUUAUUUGACGAUGACAACACAGGAAAGAUCACUUUAAGAAAUUUAAGAAGAGUUGCCAAAGAAUUGGGAGAAAAUUUGACAGACGAUGAAUUGAGAGCCAUGAUUGACGAAUUUGAUUUAGAUGAAGAUGGAGAAAUUAAUGAACAAGAGUUCAUAAAUAUUUGUACAGAGUAG